AUGGCAAAACAUCUGAAGUUCAUUGCUAGGACUGUGAUGGUACAGGAUGGGAACGUGGACGGUGCAUACAGGAUCCUAAACAGAAUCCUCACCAUGGAUGGGCUCAUUGAGGACAUAAAGCGAAGGCGGUACUAUGAGAAGCCAUGCCGAAGGAGACAGCGGGAAAGCUAUGAAACCUGCCGGAGGAUCUACAACAUGGAAAUGACUCGCAAGAUCAACUUCUUGAUGCGAAAGAAUAGGGCAGAUCCAUGGCAGGGCUGUUGA